GGGCUUGUGCGAGGCAGAGAGCAGGGAGUGAUGGCUUCGAUGGGGCUGCAGGUGCUGGGCAUUGCCCUCUCUAUCAUUGGCUGGCUGGGCACCAUCCUGUGCUGUGGGCUCCCCAUGUGGAGGGUGACAGCCUUCAUCGGGAACAACAUUGUGGUGGCUCAGAUCAUCUGGGAGGGGCUGUGGAUGAACUGCGUGGUGCAGAGCACGGGCCAGAUGCAGUGCAAGGUCUACGACUCCAUGCUGGCGCUGCCCCAGGACCUGCAGGCGGCGCGUGCCCUGGUGGUGAUUGCCAUCGUGUUGGCCGUGCUCGGCCUCCUCCUGGCCAUCAUUGGAGGGAAAUGCACCAACUGCGUGGAGGACGCUUCUGCCAAAGCCAAAGUCAUGAUUGUCUCUGGGAUCAUCUUCAUCAUUGCUGGCAUCAUGAUCCUCAUCCCUGUCUCCUGGUCAGCCAACAACAUCAUCCGGGAUUUCUACAACCCUAUGGUCACUGAGGCGCAGAAGAGAGAGCUGGGGGCCUCUCUGUACAUCGGCUGGGCUGCAUCUGCCCUCCUGCUCAUUGGGGGGGCCCUGCUCUGCUGCAGCUGCCCCCCCCAGAAUGAGAAACCCUACUCUGCCAAGUACACGGCUGCUCGCUCGGUGCCGGCUAGCAACUACGUCUAGGGACCGCGCGUGCUCCGUGCCUCCACCACCCCAGGGGCCACCCCUCCCACUCCAGCAAGACAAUCAAGGAGCUGCCAUCCUGUCCAAAUCCAGCCCACUGCUCUGCUUGUACCUUGUGCCUCUGCCUGAGCCCAGCUCUCCCCCCGUGGCCAGGACUUGAUGGCUGAACACAGACAGAAGCUGGCAAGGAGCUUCCCUGAGGAGAAGACUGUGGCCUUUCCAUGGGCAGGGGCCUUGGCAGAGCGGCUCGGCCUCCUGAAAGCAGAAGCCCCACGGUGCCAGGGCUGGCUGGCUGCUCAGACAUGCCUUUAGCACAUCUCUGGCUGAUAGGUGCAGCCGGUGAGUGGCUGCACGGGCCCCAGUGCUAAGAAUCUGCCACUGCAGCUUGUUUGUGCCAGUGCACAGAGAGCUCCUGGAUUCCCCAAGGUCACCUGAGCGAAACCAGCCCGGGCUUGGACCUGGCUGCCAGUCAGGGCUCUGCUGGGAUCUCCCCACGGCACGGCUAGCUCCGGCGUUGUCAGCCAGCCCCCUUGCAGCUCUGGCAUCACCUGUGCCCACU